CACGGUGCUGUCAGAUAGACAGGCGGGAGCAGCAACCUCCCACUCCUCCUAUUGCUAUAACAACCACAGGGCGGUCGGUGCGACUCGAUGGCACACAGCAGCUCUGGAUGCGACUGCCAAGUGUCAUCCUCCUGCUGCAAGUAUCCCGACCUCAGCUCACCGCAACGCAACGCCGCUUUGACACUGACUUGAAUCCCGCCAGGGGAGGAAGAGGAGGGGGGGAGAGCCUGUGUGUUUCCCCGUCACAGUGAUCUGAACAGUGGGGAAGCUCAGACUCGGGAUCCGCUACGUCAAACAGAUUAGUCAAAUAACCUCUCGGGGUAGGACAUACCUCCUCUCCUUGGGCUUGCCUGGCUGCAUGCAUGGGCUGAAGAAGAGGCUGACACAUAGCCAGGAAGCCUUUGGCGUAAUACAGAAGUGCACUACUUUUCUUUUUCUUUUUUUCUGUUUCUUUUUCUCUCCUGUGGCUGGGUGAGACGAGUGUGGUGGUGAUCCUCCAGCAGCGUCUCUUCUUCUUCUUCUUCUCCUCUCCCCACCCCUGGUGCGAAAUGGCGAAAGAAAACGGCGAGUCCAGCGAUGGAUCUUGGAAAAAGCAUGUCGAUGAUAUCAAGAAGAUAUUUGACUUCAAAGAAGUCCUUGGGACUGGUGCGUUUUCCGAGGUGGUGAUGGCUCGGGAGAAGGCCACAGGAAAGAUGGUCGCAAUCAAGUGCAUCCCGAAAAAAGCUCUGAAGGGGAAGGAGACGAGCAUCGAGAAUGAAAUCGCCGUGCUUAGAAAGAUAAAGCAUGAGAACAUCGUGGCUCUGGAGGACAUCUAUGAGAGCUCAAACCACCUGUACCUCAUAAUGCAGCUGGUGUCUGGAGGCGAGCUGUUUGACCGCAUCGUAGAGAAAGGAUUCUACACGGAGAUGGAUGCCAGUCGGCUUAUUCGACAGGUUUUGGAUGCAGUCAACUAUCUGCACUCUAUGGGCAUCGUGCACAGAGACCUGAAGCCUGAGAACCUGCUCUACUUCAGUCCCCACGAUGAAUCAAAAAUCAUGAUCAGCGACUUUGGCUUGUCGAAGAUGGAAGGAACGGGUGACGUGAUGGCCACCGCCUGUGGGACUCCAGGAUACGUGGCUCCUGAGGUUUUGGCUCAGAAGCCGUACAGUAAAGCUGUGGACUGCUGGUCUAUUGGGGUCAUCGCUUAUAUUCUGCUGUGCGGUUACCCUCCUUUCUAUGACGAGAACGAUUCAAAGCUCUUUGAGCAGAUUCUCAAGGCAGACUACGAGUUUGAUGCACCGUACUGGGACGACAUAUCAGACUCCGCCAAAGACUUCAUCAGCUGCCUAAUGGAGAAGGACCCGGAGAAGAGAUUCAUAUGUGAACAGGCUCUUCAGCACCCUUGGAUUGCUGGAGACACCGCUCUCUGCAAGAACAUUCAUGAGUCAGUCAGUCGACAGAUGCGGAAAAACUUUGCCAAAAGCAAAUGGAGGCAAGCCUUUAAUGCGACGGCUGUGAUCCGCCACAUGAGGCGCCUGCAGCUGGGCACCAGUUUUGGCAGCAGCCUUCACAACGCCAAUUCCGUGUCCAACCCUCAGAGCCGAGGUCCAGCCAAGAGCCAGUCUGUGGACUGCGCCCCACUCUCCCUGAAGGACUGUCCUCCAAUAGCACCUCUGCCCUCUGAUGUCAGCGUGUACAAUCAGGACUCUGACGCCCCCUCUCCCGUGCGAGAGGAAGCCUCCGUGGUGGCCGAGCCAUCACGGCCACGACCCUCCACUGUUACGGUCAUACACACUGGGACUAAAUGACGCCAGGUUCCGCGGGAGGUGAGCUGGGAGACCACAGAGCUUUGAGACGGGACAACCAUCCCAGGCCUCAACGUCGUCGCCCAGUUUGCCCAUCCCGCAGCCUCCCAUCUGAUUCUGCCAACACGGGAGGAAUUUGAGGAGCGUUUGCUCAGCUCCAUUUACCACGGCUCAGCACGGCACCCCCGCUGCUCCCCUUCCCACUGUCAUACAGACCUAGAGGUACAGAGGGGAGGAUGCUCACCAGAAGUUGUUAUUGUGGAAGCCAUUUACAGCCUGGAUCACGGCUGUCUGGCUGAAAAACAAGCAGCUAGGAAGUGCCACACUAAAGGGGACUCUUUGUUGAAGCUGCUAUCAGUUUUAGACUGUGAGCGUCUUGAGAAAAGGACGCUCCGCUGUAUGCCUUGUGUAAAUACUCUGCCUGGAAAUGUUGAGUGGAGUCAUGUUUAUGCAAGUGAAAUAUAAGCUUCAAGCUGUGGUGAAUAGUUGUGGCAUCAUCUGCACUCGGAAACUUCUUCUUGUCGUUUUUGACAGCUCUUGUUAAUUUGCUGUGGUCUUUGCUUCCAUGGCUCCCAAUGGGUGUGACAGUGUGUGUUAUCUCUUUGCUUUAAAGUGUGUGGAGAGGAAACCUGUGCAGGACGGCGUGCUUCAAUCACGGCUGUGAGCGCUGAGAGGGCCGGUGCUUUGCACUAAUGUAUUGGAUUAUUUAUUUUCUUACAGCAUAUUAUGACUUUUGUAAGAAAUGUGUACAUGUGUUAUUAGACUGGACUGAAAAGCUGUUGAGCUGAUGAAAAAGAUACAGUAUCUCAUAGUUGUUACUUUGUAAUUGUUGUUUUACUUGAUGAUUUUUUAAAUUUUUUUGGACGUGACUGUGAAGUCCUCCUUGACCACAGGAGGGCAACCACGUGUUGUUUCUGUGUGACCAGUUCUCAGGGAUGUGCUCCAACGUGUCCAACCUCUCACUGCUGACGAGGACGUUGAUGGUGAAAUGGUUGAGAAGUAAAACCUCCAAUCGCUGCAUGUUAUUCUAAUGUGCCAUUGGGAGAGUUUGACAGAGGCUUUCUUUCUUUAAAUCCAUCAUUAUGGACAGUAUGAGUAUAAUGUAACUUGUACUGAUUGUUUUCCCUUUAAAAAAAAAAAAAUCUUAGGAUUAUAUUUGGACUUAAAGUAAAGUGUGCGUUCUUGUCUCUGCAGUAAAAAUGUAAAAAGACAAAUGAAUGAAUGAAUCGUCAAAUCAGUAGUGUACAGUUCAGUGGUCGUAAAAUCUUGCUACCUGCUUCUGCUCCUGAAGUGGCUGGUCUGAGAACAGCUCACUCACUCUGUGUUUAAUCACUGUGCUUUCAUACCAGCCUGUUGAAUUUAGCAGAAAGACUCUUUCUCCUUCUUUCUGCCGCUCGCUCUCCAGAGACUUUCACAAAGAGAAGAGGAGGGAUCUGUCUUUGUAUUUCUCUGUGGUACCUCUAUUUGAUUUUAAAUCACUCAACAUGAAUUGUAUAUUCAAAAAAAGACACUCUACACUCUAUCGCCAGAAUAUGCCCAUUAUCGAGGGCUUUGCCAUCUUGAAUUAUCUAAAAAUAUUGUGGUGAAUAUUGACAUCUACUUGCUGUAAAUACACAUCUCAACAACACAGUUA